AUGGACGCACAGAGCAUGCCGCCCCCAGAAGGCAGCAUAGGUGACCUGGGGGCAGAGGGGCUGGACGAGAAGGCCACGACCUUGCUUGAGUCGUUCAAGCAGGCUCUGGAGAGCGAAGGGAAGACGCAGCUUAUCGGCAGGCUGUGUCUGGUGUCGAAGACGCGGGAAAAGCAGGUCUCUACCGCGCAGCUGACUGAGUGGCACCAGCGCAUUUUAGAGGCGUCGAAGGCGAAGGGAAGCCCCGGAAUCACAGGACUGCUGCUCAUCUGGCCAACGUGCGCAAUGCUCGUUGUCGAGGGAAAGUUCGCGGAGCUCUCGACGGUUGCCCACCAUGUGGAGCGCUAUGUCAAGCGAGAACAAGCUCCGGUGCUCGCGCCGAAAAUUGCAUGCUUGAUGGACGACAUCCCGGAGCGAGCAUUCAGCUGGUUCGAGAGCGCAUUCAUUCCGAACGCGGCGAACGACACUGUCGAGCAGCUCACAUAUGAUCUUUGCGGGGAAGCAUUGAGCGAGCUCGCUGUGCAGAUCACUGCCCUGGGCAAGCAGCUGACCAAGAUCAAGUCGACCAAGGAGCUGAAGACGGCGCUUGCGUCGCUGCAGACGUUCGCGUCAGACCUCCCGCAGGCGGACCGCAUCGUCUCGCUCCAGGAGAGCCCGGACACGCUGACGCUGACGGAGUUCCUCUCGGCGUUCCAGGGGCCCUUGGACCCAGUGUUCGACUCGGAGAUCACGUGGCCGCCAUCGGCGUCGCUGCCCCUGUGA